GAAGCGGAUUUUACUGCAAUUGGUUUUGCAAUCACUCCUCUGCGCUAUCAAUUUAUGAAGUAUUCAUCAGUAUUCGGCUUUCAGUCGAUCGGAUUUGUAAUCAAAACUCCUACAAUAAUUUCUGACUUGAAUUCAAUUACAAAGCCUUUCUCAUUAAAAAUAUGGAUCGCUACAUCAUUGGCCAUUCUUCUAUUUGGAUUCAUAUUACACAAAGUGAUGGAAAAAGAUUUCAUAACAGAAAAAUCAGAAGUACGUUGGUCUCGAUAUAAAAUAUAUUGGGAAUUAUUUUCUACGCUUACCUAUNCAACAUUCUUAACAAAAAAGAAUUUAAUGUUCAUGAAAUUCUUCAUAGAAGCAAAGAAUAAUUCAUAUGUAUGGAAAAUUGUUGGUGUUCAGAUACCGAUUUUUAUGAAAGUGGACGAAACGGAAACAAAAAUCACAGACGGAAUUUACUUUCACGUGUUUAAAGCCAUUCAACAGAAAUUAAAAUUUAGUUAUUCUGUUGUGAAACCAAUACCGAAAUAUUUUGGAUAUCAGACUGAAAACGCCUCGUGGACUGGAUUAGUUGCAAAAAUAAUAAAUAAGGAUGCCGAUAUGGCCUUCAAUGCUUUACUACUCGACCCUUCCCGUUUUGCAGUAAUGGAAUUUACUUCUCCAUUAGCGUUUCUGCCCGUUGUGUUUGUCAUCAAAGCUGCAGAAAAAAUUCCAAAUUGGAUUUCCAUAAUAAAACCUUUCGGUUUGGAUAUGUGGAUCGCGAUUCUCUCAACGGUAUUCAUAUUUGGAUUAGUAUUGCAUAAAGUGAUCGAACGUGAUUUCCUGACUGACGAAGUGGGAAUAAUCUGGCCACGAAGCCGUGUGUUCUGGAAUUUAUUCUGCACGUUUGUUUAUAAAGGAAUUAACCUGGAUAACGUAAAAAGAUUCAAAUCCAGAUUGCUCGUGUCAAUAUGGUGGCUAUCAGUUGUAGUGUUGAUAAGUAGUUACAGUGGAACUUUAAUGUCUUUCAUGUCGUGUCCUUUAACCGAAUCUGUUCCAAAAACUUUUGACGAACUAGCCGUUGCUGUCAAGAAUGGUGAAUAUUCUUGUGGUACUGUAGGAAAAUCAGCUAUAUGGAGUUAUAUUAUGAAUUCCAACAAGAUGAGGGAUAAAAUUUUCAAAGAUCACAUCUUACGUCACAACCAUUUCUUGUCUUUAUCGACUGCAAGCGAAAAAGUUAAAAAAGAACGCUUUGCUGUGAUAAUUGGUAAAGAUCGCAGAAAGAAACUAAUGGAAAAAGAACCAAACACAUAUACAAUUUCUGCAGAUGUUCUCGUCACAUUUGUUCAGUCUUAUGCUGUAAGAAAGGGAUUUCCCUUUAAAAAGGAAUUAAGUAAAACCGUAAUACGUUUAUUUGAAGCUGGAAUUAUCGAGAAAAAAGAUUAUUCGGAAACAUCAAAGCUGCUGAAGUAUUCGGAAUUCCAAGCAGUACAAUUGGAAGAUAUAAUUAGUCCAAUAAUAUUGCUUUCAAUUGGAUUUGUUCUAGCUUUAUUGUGCUUAUUUGUAGAAAUAUUCUGUAAAAGAAUAAUCGAAAAUUAA